AUGGCCCACCUCGCGGCUGUACAAGAGCAAAUCAUGGCGAAGAUCAGCAGCGUCAACGAGCAGAGCCAAGACGUGAUGCAGCAGAUUAAGAAGACGAUGGAGCGCGAGCUUGCGCGUCGCACGUAG